AUGUCUUCCCACAACAACCCCAUGCACAAGGCCGACGCCCAGAAGGGUGCCCGCCCCGCUGCCAACGCCCAGACCCAGUCCCAGAAGGGUGCCGCUGGCAAGGACUGCAACACCAAGGACCAGGCCUGCAACACCCGCUCUGCCAAGGCCAACGCCGCUUGCCCCACCUCCAAGCAGCAGGGUGCCCACAACACUCGCUCUCAGCGCGAUUAA